AUGAUCUUUACUUCUCAGCACCCGACUAUCUCUGUCCCCGAAGACCUGCCCAUCUGGGAUUUUCUUUUCGAGUCGGCCGACUCGCCUCUUUCCAAGAAAAGAGACACCGGUAUCGCGGGCUUUACAAAUGCAGCUACAAAGGAGCGUGUUCGCUACGAUGAGGUGAAGGACUACGCAACAUGGAUAUCCACAGCUCUUGUGCGAAAGUUUGGCCUCCUGAGUGGCCAAACGGUAGCUCUGUUUGGGCCUAACACUGUCUGGUAUCCUGUGGCCAUGUUCUCAACAACUCGUGUUGGUGGUAUCAUAUCUGGUGCUUCCCCUGCAUACAAUGUCGAAGAGAUGACCUAUGCUCUGAAAACAGGAAAGGCCAAGUUCCUGAUGACCACGGUAUCCUCGCUUCCCGUUGCGAUGCCUGCCGCAAAGAAUGCCGGGAUUCCACCGCAGCACAUCUUCCUCCUUGAGGGUCAGGCUGAUGGCCUCACCACAAUGCAAGAUCUGAUUGAGAUUGGAAAGGCAUAUGGCCAGCAAGGACAGAUACCUUCGUUCAAGAUUCCAAAGGGUCAAACAAACAAGGAUGUCUGUGGCUUCCUCAGCUUUAGUAGUGGCACAACAGGUCUCCCCAAAGCAGUCAUGAUUUCCCACCACAACGUUAUGGCACAAUGCCUACAGGUCCAGCAGCUGACACCAGCAGACCAUUUGAAAGUGCUCGCUGUUCUUCCAUUGUUUCACAUCACCGGCCUUGUGCACCAAAUGCAUCUUCCAGUACUUCGAAAUGCCGAGGUUUACAUGCUUCCGGCCUUUACGAUGCAAUCCAUGCUAGAUGUCGUGGUCCAAUAUCAGAUCUCGGAACUGCUACUUGUGCCACCUCUUUUGAUUCGGCUCCUGCGAGACCCAAUUGUGUCUCGCUACAACCUCUCCCACGUGCGAAGAUUCUCUUCUGGUGCUGCACCACUCUCUUCGGAGAUCAUUGAGGAGCUUAAGCGCAGGUUCCCAGGAAGAGGACUCAAGCAAGGGUAUGGGAUGACUGAGUCUUGCAGUUGCAUUACCGCGCAUACGCCUGAGCAGGCCACGUAUGAGUAUGGUCAGAGAGUGGGCACUAUUGUGGCCAAUACCGAGGUGCGAAUUGUGGACGUGGAAACGGGACGAGAACUUGGCUACAACGAGCCCGGUGAGAUCCUUGCUCGAGGUCCCCAAAUUGUCAUGGGAUAUCUUGACAACGAAAAGGCGACUCGGGAAACAUUCGAUUCUCAAGGUUGGCUGCAUACCGGAGAUGUUGGCUAUAUUGACAAGGAAGGGUUCAUCACGAUCACGGAUCGAAUCAAGGAGAUGAUCAAGGUGAAGGGCAUCGCGGUUGCUCCUGCUGAGUUGGAAGAUCUCCUGCUUGGCCAUCCAGCAGUAGAAGAUGUUGCUGUCAGCGGUAUUCCGGAUGACUAUAGUGGCCAACGUCCGAAAGCAUACGUUGUGUUGAAGCCGAGCGUGAGAGAGGACGCCAGCGCAGAGAAAAUCGUGGCCGUGGGUCGAGAGCUCAUUGACUAUGUACGCAAGAACAAAGUGCGACACAAGUGGAUCACAGAAGUCGAAAUUAUCGAUGAAGUCCCAAAGAGUGCCAGUGGUAAGAUCCUCCGACGAAUGCUACGAACACUCGAGAAUGGAAAUCAGAAGGAAAGACAGGUCGUCAAGGGAGAUGAUUUCCGGUCAAAGCUCUGA